CCGUCGCCGGCCUUGCCGACCUGCUCUUGCUGCUUUGAACUUGAGCAUGUAGCCUUCGUUGACUGCUGGGCCCUGAGAUGUGCGGCUGCCGGGUCAGUGCCAGCUGCAGGUGCGUGAGGAGCACGUCAGGAACCCAGGUGUGAGGUGGAGCGAUCCCCGGGAAGGGUCGGACCUGUCUGGAUCCCUCCAAGGACCUUUCCACUCCUAGCCCUUCUUUCCUCCCUGGCCUGGACAACCUGUCCAUAAAGAGGCAGAAGCCUUUUGUUUGCACCUCCUCGGCAGUAAGAUGAUUUGUGCACACUACGCCCACCUGACCCUCACCUAGUGUCAUUCCGGUUAGCCUUUUUCCUGCAUUGUCACAACAUCUGUGGAGAUUGAGAAUACUAUGGAGUUUAUCAGAAUAUACAACUGAAGAAUAUGAUGGCUGAAAACAAUUUAAAAAUGCUAAAGAUUGAACAGUGUAUAGUAGCCAACAGACUACCAAGAAACAGGCCAUAUAUUUGCAACAUUUGCUUCAAACACUUUGAAACACCAUCAAAGUUAGCCAGGCAUUACCUCAUUCAUACUGGUCAGAAGCCAUUUGAAUGUGAUGUGUGUCAUAAAACCUUUAGGCAACUAGUUCAUCUGGAGAGACAUCAACUAACUCAUAAUCUGCCUUUUAAAUGCAGUAUUUGUCAGCGCCACUUUAAAAACCUGAAGACAUUUGUGAAGCACCAACAUCUUCACAAUGAAACCUACCAGAAUGAUGUUAAACAGGUCAGAAGAUUGCUGGAGGCCAAGCAAGAAAAACCAGUGUAUGGAAUGUAUCAUACUUUUACCACAGAAGAGAGAAGGGCAUUACAACCAUGUACUAUGUCUGAUCCUACCUACAGCCCUACAAAGAAAAGAAAGAAUAUUCAUGCAUGUACAAUCUGCAGCAAGAUGUUUCCAUCACAAUCAAAACUUGAUAGGCAUGCACUUAUUCACACUGGUCAGAGGCCUUUUAAAUGUGUCCUGUGCAGUAAAUCUUUCCGACAGUCAACUCACUUAAAAAUCCACCAACUUACACAUUCAGAAGAAAGACCUUUUCAAUGUUGUUUCUGUCAAAAAGGAUUUAAGAUUCAAAGCAAACUUCUAAAGCAUAAACAAAUCCAUACCAGGAAUAAGACUUUUCAGACUCUUUCAUUAAAGGUGAAGAGUCCAGAAUCAUGCCCCCUCCCUAAUAAAUUAAACUCAAAGCAGGAUGGUUUUGAAAAUGGUGAUAUAGGUGAAUCCGAGGAGAAUAAUCAACUUGAUGUCCACUCUAUUUAUAUCGUUCCUUUUCAAUGUCCAGAGUGUGAAGAGUGUUUUGAAUCAGAGCAGAUUCUCAAUGGACACAAGUGUUUUCCUGCCAGAAGUGGCAAAAUUCCAAGCAGUUUCAAAAGAAGCUUCAACUAUAAAAUGAUUGUUAAAAAAAUCUUGGCCAAGCUGAAACGUGUUGGGAGUAAGAAAUUAGAUAAUUUUCCAUCUGAGAAAAAAGUAUUUAAAAACGGUGUCUUAAAAAACUGUGAUUUUAUUUCUGGUGAGCAGAACCCCGAACAAACCCAGAGAACAUUUAUGGGCUCUCUUGGCAAACAUGGAACAUACAAGAAAGUUGGCAAUAAAAAGAAGAAAACAUUGACUUUGCUGUCUUCUUGGCAAAAACACUUCCAGAGUCAAAAUAUGGGAAAAAACUUGAAGGGUAUCCUUACAACAGAAAACAUGUUAACAGUGGAUAAUUCAGUGAAUAAUAAAGAAAUAUCUCUCAAUGGUUCAUCAGGUGAGGAAUUCUUUGAUAACUGUGAAGUGCUUCAGUGUGGUUUUUCAGUUCCAAAUGAAAACAUGCCCGCUGGACAUAAGAUGUGUCCUUGUGACAAAUGUGAGAAAGUAUUUCCUUCUAUAUCCAAACUGCAAAGACACUAUUUAAUUCAUACUGGACAGAGGCCUUUUGGCUGUAAUGUUUGUGGGAAAUCUUUUAGACAGUCAGCUCACUUAAAAAGACAUAAAUUAACUCAUACUGAAAAGAUUCCUUAUAGAAGAUCUCUUUGCCAAGUGGAGUUUGACAAGUUGAGCAAACUUUUCAUUCAUCCGGGUGAUAAUGUCAACUAUAAUGCUUCCCAACAAUGCCAGACUCUGGGUUUUCAAAAAUGUGAGGCCCCAGAGUCGGAUCAAACAUCAGAAAUAAAAGCUCAGGCAGAAUCAGAGGAUUUCAUUCUUGGUACCCACUAUAGGAACAGGCAGCCCCAUCUCUCUAGUGCACUUCUGGACUCAGAGCAGAGCCAUCAUAGCCACUGUUGUAGUUACCCAGGACAUACUGAGAAGAAUGAUGGCCUUCUUUACCAGUGCAGUGUUUGUUCUAAAAGCUUUAGAUCUCCAUCUAAACUGGAAAGACACUAUCUAAUUCAUGCAGGGCAGAAGCCAUUUGAAUGCUCAGUUUGUGGCAAAACAUUCAGACAGGCUCCUCACUGGAAGAGACAUCAACUUACUCACUUUAAGGAAUAACCACAAGAAAAAGUAGUUGUCCUAAAUUCGGUUAUGUAACUGACAGACCCGCUAACAGGUUUUCGGUCUCUGCUGAUCUUGUUUUUAAAGCCUGUAUCAUUUAAAAUGUAUUUCUAUCAAAAGGCCUGCAUUAGAUUGAAUGAUUUUAUAGGCUGUUGCUUGUCUUGCAACAUAGGUAAGAUACAUAGAAAAUUAAUACAAUGUUUUAGGAACAGCCACAUUUUUAGAGGGAAGAACAUGAUUUGAUGCCAGAAAGUAAGCAUGAAUUGUAUUGUAAUAUAUACUUUGGCUGUAUUGGAAGUGUUAAAAAUCCAUGAUGUGGUACAAACAAUUCAGCAUUGUUCAUUUUUUAAAGGAAUUAUUCCUUGAGACAUGCCAUCUCCUAUUAGAUACAGUCAAAACUGAGGCAAAAAUUGGUUUUUGGCUGCAGCAAGUAGCUCUACAAAAUUUCAUUUAUUUUACAAUUCACAUAAAAGCACAAUUUUGUUCACUGAUAGCUCAAAUUCCAUUGCAUAACUUUUUUCUUGUAAGUUUAAAAAAUAUAAAGGUAAUAAAAGUGAAAAUGGAUGAGAAUAUCAGCAUUAUUUCCACUGGUCUUUUCCAAGCUAUUUAUUCUUAGGAUUCUGUGGUAGCUGCACCUUCUUGUUCACAGGUGAUUAGAAUCAGUUUUUUGCCCAGCCUGCUGUUGUCUUUCCCAAAAUACUUUAAAAGUAGGAGAGAGGCUGAUGCACCUCCACACAUUUACAUGUUUACUUAUCAGGAAUAUUGUCCAAGUGCCAUAAUCUUUUGAUGAUGUGUAUGCAUGUUACAUUUUCAGAGGAAUAAAUGUAAUUUGUCUAUUUGCAUACCAAUGAUUGACAGCAGUUGAUUUUUAAAUUCACUUUAGUAGAACUUUCUUUUAAUGUCUAUUAAUUGAGUGGUCCUAUGACUUAAUAUAUUCUGUUAAGUUUGAUCAAAAUGCAAUGACUAGGUCUAGUUAUAGUUUUUAUUCCUCUGUUUUUUGCAAGAUUCUGAUUCUAAAGAAUGUUUUUUGAUCCUUAGUAAGUUGUUAUUUUAAUUAGUAAGGUAAUUAUUCCUGUAUAGGAAUAAGAUGCUAAUAGAAUUGAGGGUGUCAUUUUUCUAAACAGUAUUGUCAUGAUUUCUGAAAUAUUUCAUCUUAAACUAUAAAAUAUUUAUCACAAAAUGCCCUUCAUAUUUGCCAUUUUUUAUAAAAAUCUUUAACAUUUCCUAGCAAUAAAAAAAAAUACAUGAUCUUUCUAAGGUGAAAAGAAUAGGUGGGAAUUUAUCCUGGCACACUUAAAUACAGUGAUAAGCCCUCUACUAAGAACAGAUAAAUGAACAAUUUUAAGUUUUGCAUCAAGCUAUACGAACUAUCUGUGUGUGGUGGUGGGGAGAGGGGGAAAAAUUUUGAGAAACUUAGAUUUAAUUUACAGAGAUAAAACAGUACAGCUAAAACACCCAAUGAUGUAUAAAUAUGCAGGAGAAUCAUAUUUCAAGGAAGUUCUUUUAGGUUUCCUUGAGAUUCAUAACUCCAGUGCAAGCAAAGUAGUUUAUAGAAUUUGCUUUAGGCAAAACUUUUCAAAAACACAUCUGUUACAGUAAGGCAAGCAAUAAAAAGUUCAUAUUAUCUAAGAAUAAAGGCUCAAGGGAUUUUUUUCCCUUUUUAUGUCUGAAAUUAUGUAUUUUGGGAUUUUCCUAAGCUGCUAAUAUAAUUUUAUUUGAAGUAAAUAUCUUAUAUAUUUCUUUCCCACCUAAACAGGGAGAGUUCUUAACCAUGUUGUGCUUGUAAGAUAAUUAGUUGUUUUUUUUUUUUUGCCCAUGCCUUUUUAAGCUGUUUCAUAUUGAAAGUGGGACACUGUACAAAUUUUGUCAAAGAUGUACUGUAGUGCUAUUUGAAGUACCUGUAACAAAAUACUUACCUUUACUAUCACUGCAAGCUUCUUGUGGAAACUAUAGGAGUGAAAGUAAACUGUAUACAUCCAUGAUAAGAUUAAAUUUUAGAUAUUAAAUGAUGAUUUGCAGCAUGCCACAACUAUUAUGUUGAGUCAGUUGCAUUAGUUUUCUGAAAAGAAAAAAUAAACAUUAUAAAUAUCUUCAAAGAGAAUUAGUAGAAUUUUUUCUUUGGGUGAUUCCAGGUUGUAGCAUGAUUAUUUAAUGAAGUAAUUUGAUUUGCUGAGUUAGUGGAAUUAAUGUUUCUUGUUUUGUGCUGUAUUAGGUUCUACAAUUUUCAGACAAAAAUGUGUAUGUAUUGAAGAAAAGUAGAUGGUGGUUAAGAUUCUUGAAAAAUUCAGAUUUCACAAUAUUUUUAAAAUAAACUUUCAGAUUACACA